AUGUCCUUGCCCUCCAAGAAGGAGAUUAAGGCCGCCCUGGAGGUCUUUGCUAUUUUCCAGUGGGCUCUCAGUGUCUUCCUGAUCACACUCACUGUGAUCUUUGUCAACCUCUACCUGGUGGUGUUCACACCAUACUGGCCUUUGACUGUGCUCAUUCUCACCUGGCUGGCUUUUGACUGGAAGACCCCUGAGCGAGGUGGUCGCCGGUUCACCUUUGUCAGGCGGUGGUGCCUAUGGAAACACUACUGCAAUUACUUCCCAAUCAAGGUAAUAAAGACUUGUGAUAUUUCCCCUAACCACAACUACAUCCUUGCCUGCCACCCUCAUGGGCUCAUGUCCCAUGCAUGCUUUGGCCACUUUGCGACUGAUGCCUCAGGCUCCUCCAAGAUCUUUCCUGGCAUGACUCCUUAUAUGCUCACACUAGGAGUUUUCUGGUUACCUUUUCUCAGAGACUAUGUAAUGUCUACAGGGGCCUGCUCUGUGAGCCAAUCCUCCAUGGACUUUCUGCUUACCCAUAAGGGCACAGGCAAUAUGCUCAUUGUGGUGGUUGGUGGCCUGGCUGAGUGCAGAUACAGCCUGCCAGGCUCUUCUACCCUGGUUUUGAAGAACCGGUGUGGCUUUGUACGCAUGGCCCUUCACCAUGGGGUGGCUCUAAUCCCUGCCUAUGUCUUUGGGGAGACGGAUCUCUACAACCAACAUAUUUUCACUCGGGGCUUGGUCAAUUGCUUCCAGAAGUUGUUCCAGCGUGUAGUACACAUCUACCCUUGUGCUUUCUAUGGGCGUGGCUUCACCAAGAACUCCUGGGGCCUUCUGCCCCAUUCUAGACCUGUAACCACCAUUGUCAGGGAGCCUCUACCACUGCCGAAGAUUGAGAACCCAAGCCAGGAGAUGGUGGCUAAAUACCAUGCGCUGUAUAUUGAUGCCCUACGCAAGCUGUUUGAUCAGCACAAGACCAAGUUUGGCAUCUCAGAGACCAAGGAGCUGGUGAUAGUUUGA